UGGAAACGAUACCGUUUUGUGGAAUUGGGUCGUCUAUCUAUUUCGCGGUUGCAGUCAAGAAAGAUGAGGAGAUUAGCGGUUUCAGAGAGAAGUUGUUCGACGACGGUGUCUUUUGUACCAAAACGAACUCAGAACCCUAAACCCUAACUCCAUAAUAUAAUUUUCGUCAUGUACUGUACUUUACGAUUUCCUUUGCCUCUUCACAUUCCCCAAACUCGAACAAUGGCGUCCUGUCAGCCGAAACGACGCCGUGUGGAGCACUUGCGGUGCUCUGCCCUGCCUAGUCUUCGUGAAGAUGACGAAGAGGCCGAUGAUAGGAGUGUUGGAGUUGAAAGACGAAUUUCGAUUGUGGUGGAGAGAUACGGAAAUGGCACUUCAAAAAGAUAUUUUCUAGAUGAUGAUGAUGACUCCCCUUUACAAGGCUUUCUCGAGGAGCGUGAACUUAAGGCUGAUAACGAUUCUCAGAGCUCUAAUUCCUCUGAAACGAACACUCUUUGGCUUCCAGAUGUUGUCAAGGAUUUUGUUUUCCCCACAGGCUUUCCUGGGUCUGUUUCAGAUGAUUACUUGGACUAUAUGCUGUGGCAGUUCCCAACCAAUGUUACUGGCUGGAUUUGUAAUGCGGUUGGCGUUGGCUCUUUCUCAGGAACUUCUCCUGCCGCUACUGCUGCUGCUUCUGCUGCAGCCAUCAGAUGGGUGUCCAAGGAUGGAAUUGGAGCUCUUGGCCGUCUUCUCAUUGGUGGACGUUUCGGUAGUCUUUUUGACGAUGAUCCUAAGCAAUGGCGCAUGUAUGCAGAUUUUAUUGGCAGUGCUGGAAGCUUCUUUGAUCUGGCGACACAGCUAUAUCCAUCCCAGUUCCUACUGUUGGCAUCCACGGGAAAUCUUGCCAAGGCUGUGGCUAGAGGAUUGAGAGACCCUUCAUUCAGAGUGAUUCAGAAUCAUUUCGCCAUCUCAGGAAAUCUGGGAGAGGUAGCAGCCAAGGAAGAAGUGUGGGAAGUUGCUGCGCAGCUAAUUGGUCUUGGUUUCGGCAUUCUGAUCAUUGACACGCCGGGCCUUGUAAAGUCAUUUCCGUUUGUGUCACUUACAUGGACGAGUGUUAGACUUGUUCACCUCUGGCUACGCUACCAGUCGCUUGCAGUCUUACAAUUUAACACGGUAAAUCUCAAGCGUGCUCGUAUCAUAGUAGAAUCUCAUGUUGUGCACUCAGUUGUACCAGGAUAUGUUGACUGCAACAAGCGAGAAAACAUUUUGUUGUGGCAGAGGUUCAUGAAACCUCGGAUCAUCUUUGGUGUAUCCCUUGAAGAAGUGUCUGGUCUGGAGAAAUCUGUUUCUAAGGUCAAGGCACUCCUUAAGAUGUACACAAAGGAGAAAUAUAUUCUUACGUUGAAUAAGCUGAACAAUGAUACUGAGUUUUCUGUGUCUUUUAAGGUGAGUGCCACAAGCAGAGACGUGUUGAGAUGUCUUUGGCAAGCAUAUUGGUUAGAGGAGAACAUGGAAGAAAGCUUUAAAGACAAGGAUAGUGUGUUCCACUGGCUGAAGCAAAGCUUGUCGGAGAUGGACAACAAGUUUGAUGAUUUCUUGUUCAAGUUGGAUACUGCUGGAUGGAAUCUACGUGAAUCUAACUUGAAGAUUCCCAACCAAGAUUCACUCAAGGCUCUUGAAGCUGAUAUCCAGUUCGCCAACACUCUGGCAUCAGAGUAUCCAGAGGAGUAUGAUGGUGGCUACGUUCAGAUGAGAUUAUCUUACAGCCCGGCGGCUCAUCUCUUUCUCUUCCUUCUUCAGUGGACAGAUUGUCAUUUUGCAGGCACUUUGGGAUUGCUUAGGAUCCUUAUUUAUAAGGCGUAUGUUGAUGGGAAGACCACAAUGUCGCUACAUGAACGCAAAGCUAGUAUCAGAGAAUUCUAUGAUGUCUUGUUUCCUUCACUAUUACAACUUCACGGAGGGAUAACUGAUGUAGAAGAAAGGAAACAGAAGGAGAUAUGCGACAAAAGAUACCGGAAAAAGGACAGAACAGAGAAAGGGAAGAUGUCGGAGAUCGAUUUGGAGAGAGAAGAAGAGUGUGGAAUUUGCUUGGAGAUUCGAAAUAAAGUUGUACUUCCUACUUGCAAUCACUCCAUGUGUAUAAACUGCUACAGAAAUUGGCGUGCAAGGUCACAGUCGUGCCCGUUCUGUCGAGGCAGCUUAAAAAGAGUGAACUCUGGUGAUCUAUGGAUAUACACUUCUAGCGCCGAGAUUGCGGAUUUACCGGCGAUUUACAAGGAGAAUCUGAAGAGGUUGUUGAUAUACAUUGACAAGUUGCCUCUCGUUACUUCUGAUUCAAAUCUAGUCCCUUAUGCUCCUCUUCCUCGGUGAACGAACGCAUUCUCUCUAUUUCUUGUUAUGCACAUAGCAAUUUCUAUCAAAAUUUCAUCUAUUUGUGCUCACUUUGUAUAUAAUAUUUAUGUGUUUUCACACCUUGUGCUUUUUAGUUAUUUUUUCAGCUUUCUACAGUCUCUGAUUUGGGGUUUGUAUAUAACAACCGUUGGUUAUUGACAUUUAGAU